AUGUCUAAUGAAAUCUAUGCCAAUUGUGAGUUUGAUAAUGACAAUGUUCGGACAACAGACAGGGUUGAGGAUCUUUAUACAAAUAAAGAGACUAUCAAUUAUCAUGUCUCCAGCAGCAAGACAAAGGAUGUCUCUCCAAAGAGCAGACCACUGGCUACAAACCCAGGUACCGAGAGCUCAGAGAGGAGAUCAACCAGAGCUGCUGCAGUGUGUCUGGGGCUGCUGUGUGUUCUCCUACUGGCUGGGAUCGUAGGCCUGUUUGUCUACUAUAAUGGAGUGAUGGGCAGUUUUGAAGAAAACAUCUUAGUUUAUAAAACCAACUCCUCAGCUGAAAAAGACCAGUUGGAAACCAAGUACAAUACCAUGACUAAAGAGAGGGACCAACUCCAGGUUGAGAGAGACAAUCUUCAAGCAAAGCUCUCGAUGGUAGAACAACAUUUACAACAGGGAUGGAUAUAUUACAAGUCCAGUUUGUACUUCAUCUCUACUGAAAUGAAAACCUGGGAGGGGAGCAGAGAGGACUGUCUGAGUAGAGGAGCAAAUCUGGUGAUCAUAAACAGCAGAGAGGAACAGGUCUUUAUCCAUGGAUUGAAAAAGGAGACGUUCUGGAUUGGUCUGACUGACAGUGUUGAAGAGGGGAUCUGGAAGUGGGUGGAUGGCACAGCACUGACCACAGGGUACUGGUGGAGUGGGCAGCCUGAUAAUAAUAGCGGCAUUGACGAGGAUUGUGCUGCGCGAUUGUCCGAUCUUUCUACCCCAGAAAAGGGCUGGCAUGAUGUAUCGUGCAUCGAACUGCACUUUUCGGUAUGUAAGAAAAUUGCCUUCCUGUAACUGAACUGUAACCAAAAUAAGCCAAUACAGAACAUUAUGGCUCUGUCACAUUGAUUUCCAUUACAAAAUACCAGUGAUUAUGUUUUCCUAUUAAUCAAGAAUGAUUUUUUAAAAGUUUUAUGCAUUUGGUUUUACUGUAUUCGAUUUCUUGGAGAGACAUCUUAAUAAUAUUACUCUUGCAAUAAAAAAAUAGACACAAAUUGAGUCUGGACAUUUUUCUUAUCUAAACAAAUACGUCUGAUUUCAACUUCCGUUGAGAGAAUGCCAAGAGUGUGCAAAGCUGUCAUCAAGGCAAAGGGUGGCUAUUUGGAGAAUCUCAAAUAUAAAAUAUAUUUUGAUUUGUUUAACACUUCUUUGGUUACUACAUGAUUCCAUAUGUGUUAUUUCAUAGUUUUGAUGUCUUCACUAUUAUUUUACAAUGUAAAAACAUUUAAAAAUAAAGAAAAACCCUUGAAUAUGUAGGUGUGUCCAAACUUUUGAUUGAUAGCGUAUGUAAAUGUGGUAUUUCAGUUUUUUUUAUUUGUAAUACAUUUGCCAAAAUUUCUAAAAACCUGAUUUUGCUUUGUCAUUAUGGGGUAUUGUGUGUAGAUUGAUGAGGGGAAAAAUACAUUUUAGUCAAUUUUAGAAUAUGGCUGUAACGUAACAAAAUGUGGAAAAAGUCAUGGGGUCUGAAUACUUUCCUAUUGCACUGUAUCUAUUAAAACAUGCAAUAUUAAUCUCUAUGCAGAUGAUACUGUUAUGUAAGCCAUUGCCCCAACUGUCGACCAGGCAUUGUUAGAGCUGCAAUCUGACAUUGUUGCCUUACAAAAUGUCUUGUUUGUUUUAAACUUGUACUUAAUGUUGGCAAGACUAAAUAUUUGUUUUUUUUUCUAAUUCUCACAAAAAUAUUUUAGAUGGACUAAAUAUUUAUUCAUUGAGUAGUUCUCCCAUCGAUCGGGUUCCUGCCUAUAAGUAUCUGGGCUUUUGGAUUGACAAAGAUGUUUAAUUGAAGAAACAUAAUGAUGAGCUAGUUAAAAACCUAAGAUUUAAAUUGGGCUUCUUUUUUAGAAAUGGAUCUUGCCUUUCCUUAAACAGCAGGAAGCAGAUUGUAAUUGAGGACCUAGUAGCUAAGGAAUGUAACUGAUUUUCAUAAAUGUUGUGUUUUGUAUUGAUUGCUGUUUUGUUUUACAUUGUAUUGGUUGUUGUAUUGUUGUGAUCAGGGCACCCUUGGGAAUGAGACAAGUAUAAUACAAUUAGCAGAACACACAUAACUAAAGUUAUAUUUAGCCUACCGCAUAUUAUGUAGUCAGAAAAACAUAAAAAUAAACAGAUUUAAGAUUUCUUUGGUACAUAAUUGGUCUAGCCUAUACUCCAAAAUUAAACAAAUUCAGAGUUAGCCUAUGAUUUGAGUGAAUGUAUAUGUUAUUCAGUCAGCAGGGGAUCAAAAGUAUUUGAUCCCCUGCUGAUUUUGUAUAGCUCAGAGCUAGCCUGCAGCGCUGACGAAGGAACCAGAGCCGUGAGGAGUUCCAAUAUCUUGUCAUUGGUUGCCAGCAUCAAUGUUGAACAGAGGUUCACUAGGUGCCACCCAUGCUCAGCAUGCAGGUAGUGUAAGUUUUGCUCCAGCAUCAUACCACCCUGCAUCCCACUGCUGGCUUGCCUCUGAAGCUAAGCAGGGUUGGUCCCUGGUUGGGGGACCACAUGCUUCUGGAACUGGUGUUGGAUGGCCAGUAGGAGGCACUCUUUCCUCUGGUCUAAAGAAAUAUCUCAAUACCCAGGGCAGUGAUUGGGGACAUCCCAUGUAGGGAUGAUAACCUCAGUGUCCUGGCUAAAUUCCCAAUCUAGCCUCAUUCCAUCAUGGCCAACUAAUCAUCUGUCACGAAUUCAGCCGAGGCUGCCCCUCCUCCUUGCUCGGGCAGGCUUCGGCGUUUGUCGUCACGGGAGUACCAGCUGCCACCGAUCUAUGUUUCUGUGUUCUACUUGUUUUGUCUUUAUUGUACACACCUGGUUCCCAUUAUGUUCAUGAUUUGUUCCCUAUUUAACCCUCUGGCUCCCACUGUAUUGGGUGCUUGUUUCUGUCAGGCGUCAGUGUGUAGCGGUAGGACGGAGUCAGGCGCAGGACACAGAGCUAGUAGACAACGUACUUUAUUUGUGAAAAUAAAUGAACAUAAUCUCCACGCAGGGAGGACAAAUACCGCUCACCAGUCGAUGACACCAAACAUAGAACAAACAAGCACACAACACAGCGGGAGCCAGAGGGUUAAAUAGGGAACAAAUCAUGAACAUAAUGGGAACCAGGUGUGUACAAUAAAGAUAAAACAAGUAGAACACAGAAACAUAGAUCGGUGGCAGCUAGUACUCCGGUGAUGACCAACGCCGAAGCCUGCCCGAGCAAGGAGGAGGGGCAGCCUCGGCUGAAUUCGUGACAUCAUCACCAGCUUCCAUUUGGCUCAUUCAUCCCACCUCCUCUCCCCUGUAACUAUUCCCCAGGUCAUCGCUGUAAAUGAGAAUGUGUUCUCCGUCAAAAUACAUUUAUUUAUUUUUACUAGGCAAGUCAGUUAAGAACAAAUUCUUACUUACAAUGACGGACUAAUUGUGCACCACCCUAUGGGACUCCCAAUCACAGCCGGAUUGUGAUACAGCCUGGAAUCGAACAAGGGUCUGUAGUGACACCUCCAGCACUGAGAUGCAGUGCCUUAGACAACUGUGCCACUCCGGAGCAGCGAGUGAUAAAGGGAGAAAAAAACAAGGCAGUGUUAGUUCUAGUGAUGACAACUGAUGUUCCAUUGAUAAUUAUGUCAUCGCUGAGUGUAUAUGUACUGUUAACAAGUGUCCAUAAUGCAAUCAAAACAGAGAUAUCAUGCAAGAUUAAAGGGAUGGAAUAUUUAGUGCAUAGACUGAAGACCCCUUAAAAGCCAUCAUACACACCGCCUCUAGCAAGCGUAAACUCAACACUGUUCCCUUAAGUGAACUCAAACUUGUGGUACUGAGAGAGGAGAGAUACUCUUGAUAUGCACGUUGGUCGCUUCUCCAUAACCUGUGAAGAGUAGGUGGACAAAUGGAUUCCUGAGCGGACUACACGCCGAAGUGUCCUGACAGCCGAGAUGAACUGAAUCCCUGCCAUCGGACCAUGAUAAAGAAAGGCUGCCUUUGCCUUACUGAAAUUUGAAAUAGAAAAUGCGUACAUUGUUACACAACAGAAGACAUCGUACAGGAAGCAGACAAUAGCCUGCUGCAGAGCAGACAAUAACCUGCUGCAGAGUGCAUACAGUGAGGGAAAAAAGUAUUUGAUCCCCUGCUGAUUUUGUACGUUUGCCCACUGACAAAGAAAUUAUCAGUCUAUAAUUUUAAUGGUAGGUUUAUUUGAACAGUGAGAGACAGAAUAACAACAAAAAAAUCCAUAGAAACACAUGUCAAAAAUGUUAUAAAUUAAUCUGCAUUUUAAUGAGGGAAAUAAGUAUUUGACCCCCUCUCAAUCAGAAAGAUUUCUGGCUCCCAGGUGUCUUUUAUACAGGUAACGAGCUGAGAUUAGGAGCACACUCUUAAAGGGAGUGCUCCUAAUCAAGUUUGUUACCUGUAUAAAAGACACCUGUCCACAGAAGCAAUCAAUCAAUCAGAUUCCAAACUCUCCACCAUGGCCAAGACCAAAGAGCUCUCCAAGGAUGUCAGGGACAAGAUUGUAGACCUACACAAGGCUGGAAUGGGCUACAAGACCAUCGCCAAGCAGCUUGGUGAGAAGGUGACAACAGUUGGUGCGAUUAUUCGCAAAUGGAAGAAACACAAAAGAACUGUCAAUCUCCCUCGACCCGGGGCUCCAUGCAAGAUCUCACCUUGUGGAGUUGCAAUGAUCAUGAGAACGGUGAGGAAUCAGCCCAGAACUACACGGGAGGAUCUUGUCAAUGAACUCAAGGCACCUGGGACCAUAGUCACCAAGAAAACAAUUGGUAACACACUACGCCGUGAAGAACUGAAAUCCUGCAGCGCCCGCAAGGUCCCACUGCUCAAGAAAGCACAUAUACAGGCCCAUCUGAAGUUUGCCAAUGAACAUCUGAAUGAUUCAGAGGAGAACUGGGUGAAAGUGUUGUGGUCAGAUGAGACCAAAAUCGAGCUCUUUGGCAUCAACUCAACUCGCCGUGUUUGGAAGAGGAGGAAUGCUGCCUAUGACCCCAAGAACACCAUCCCCACCGUCAAACAUGGAGGUGGUAACAUUAUGCUUUGGGGGUGUUUUUCUGCUAAGGGGACAGGACAACUUCACAGCAUCAAAGGGACGAUGGACGGGGCCAUGUACCGUCAAAUCUUGGGUGAGAACCUCCUUCGUCGUGGAUGGGUAUUCCAGCAUGACAAUGACCCAAACAUACGGCCAAGGCAACAAUGGAGUGGCUCAAGAAGAAGCACAUUAAGGUCCUGGAGUGGCCUAGCCAGUCUCCAGACCUUAAUCCCAUAGAACAUCUGUGGAGGGAGCUGAAGGUUUGAGUUGCCAAACGUCAGGCUCGAAACCUUAAUGACUUGGAGAAGAUCUGCAAAGAGGAGUGGGACAAAAUCCCUCCUGAGAUGUGUGCAAACCUGGUGGCCAACUACAAGAAACGUCUGACCUCUGUGAUUGCCAACAAGGGUUUUGCCACCAAGUACUAAGUCAUGAUUUGCAGAGGGGUCAAAUACUUAUUUCCCUCAUUAAAUUCUGUCUCUCACUGUUGAAAUAAACCUACCAUUAAAAUUAUAGACUGAUCAUGUCUUUGUCAGUGGGCAAACGUACAAAAUCAGCAGGGGAUCAAAUACUUUUUUCCCUCACUGUAUUUAUCCAUGGAUUGAACAAGGAGACGUUCUGGUCUGACUGACAGAGUUGAGGAGGGGAUCUGGAAGUGGGUGGACGGCACAGCACUGACCACAGGGUACUGGUGGAGGGGACAGCCUGAUAGUUAUAAUGACAUAGAGGAGGAUUGUUCUGCACGAUUCUGUUCGAGGAUUCUACCCCCCAGACAAGACUUGGCAGGAUGCACAGUGCAACAAAUAUACAUUUUGGAUAUGUGAGAAAAUUGGCUACCUGUAACAGAACUGAAACCAAAAUAAGCCAAUACAUUAAAGUAUGGCUCUGUCACAUUUAAUUGCAGUACAAUAUUACAGUACCAAUGUUUAUGUUUUCCUAUACAAUUAGUAUUAAUUUAUUCAGUUUCAUGUAUUUGGUUUCACUGUAUUCGAUCUCUUAGAUCUUAGUAUUUCAAUAAAAAUAAUAACAUUCUACACAAAUUGAGUCUGGACACUUUCCUUCUCUAAAGGACGUCUGAUUUCAAUUUGUUUUGACUGUACCAUUCCGUAGCCCAUGAUCCCUCUCUCCAUUGGUAAUCGCCAGCUACCCUGCAUUUCAAUGAAGGCCCUGGUACUUACUCAACAUUCACCAUGCGACACUGUGAUUGUUACAGCUGAUGGAGGAUUCUUCUCCUAACGCUUAUUAAUAGGGGCAACAGCGAACAUCUAAAGCAUACCAUCACCAUCAGAUGAAUGGAUUUUAAUUGAUAAGAGCAAUGUUUUAAUUACAACCGGCUGGUUGAGUAGAUGAUGUCCUCACAGCUUUGGUCAUUUUUGGAGUUAACUUUGAACAUUUUAGGGUGGGACACAGCUUGGUUUGGUUUGGUUUGGUUUGGAGGGCCUUUCAAUUUUCCCAAUUCACAGAAUUUGCCAGCUCUAAAAACGCAAGCGUCAUACAGAUCCUUGGUUUUCAUGUAAUAACAAUAAUUUCAGGGGUGCUUAUUUUUUUUCAGUUACACACUUGUCCAAUGGAAAUGUAUUUCUUGCAUAUCCCAACUCCCCCUGAGACACCCGCAGGGAAUGGGUUAAGUGCUUUGCUCAAGGGCACAGCAACAGAUUUUUCACCUUGUCGGUUAUGGGAUUCAAACCGUCAACCUUUCGGUUACUGACCGAAUGCUCUAACUUUGAGGUUACCUGCCACCCCCACUGAAGCCAAAGUUGUGUAAGUCAAACUUAAGGAUACGCUGAUGAUAGUUAAAGUGGAUAAAGUGAUAUCAACAACUGACAUAUGAACUAUAUACACUACAUGACAAAAAGUUUGUGGACAUCUGCUGGUUGAACAUCUCAUUCCAAAAUCAUGGGCGUUAAUAUGGAGUUGUUCCCCCCUUUGCUGCUAUAUAACUCUUCUGGGAAGGCUUUCCACUAGAUGUUGGAACAUUGCUGCGGGGACUUGCUUCCAUUCAGCCACAAGAGCAUUAUUGAGGUUGGGCACUGUUGAGACUUCUAGCUCACUCAGGGAAAAAAAAAGAAAAAAAAAAAUUAUAUAUAUAUAUAUAUAUAUAUAUAUAUAUAUAUAUUUUUUUUUUUUUUUUUUUAAAUAAAUAAAUAGAUAAAAGAGAAGCAAAUGGGUCUGAUGUGUUCAAUUAAAUGGGGAACGAGUGAUUUCUUUAAGUUUCUUAGAUGCUCAGAUAUGUUAUGUUAUGUGCACAUGCGCAGCUUCACUAGAGACUUAAAUUAUGGCAGCUGUUAAUCAUUUCACCGCAGACAAUCAUCAGGAGUACACAGCCAUUUGCGUUGUGCUGAUUGUUUGGAGCACUCUGCUGGUUUCUGGUGGCGGUGGUGAUAGCGGUGGUUUGGUUCGGUGAUCCAUGGUGGAGUGCCGCGUUAUGUUGCGUUUGUGCGUGUGUAAAUCCUUUGGACGAGGCAUGUGGUGGCAUGGGUUCUAUGUCCUGUGACAGCGUCCAUAGCAACCAGUGACGGCAGAGUCACUGUGCGCAUGCUCCUCUGGCGCUAGGCAUUCUGGGUGAUGUAGUCAAUGUUGUUUUAAGCCAGAUUUGCCACAUUGUUGAUGGUGUUGCAGGCUUAUUUGAUUUUCAUUAUUUACAUUAUUAUUAUAUUAUUUGAAUAAUAUAUUUACAUUAUAUAUUUGAAUAAUAUAUUGUCAUUAUUUGUUUGUUGUUUUUCAGGUUUAUGACCUGUGGUCAUUUGAUUAAAAAUAAAAUUAAGGACAAACACGAGUCAUGACAUUGUGUGCUUCCUGGUGAGCCUUUUCAGAGGGCUAAAUAACGAAAAAUCCGAACAGGCACUGAUGUUGGGCGUUUAGGCCUUGCUCGCAGUCGGCGUUCCAAUUCCUCCCAAAGGUGUUCUAUGGGGUUGACGUCAGGGCUCUGUGCAGGUCAAUCAAGUUCUUUCAAACCGAUCUCGACAAACCAUUUCUGUAUGGACCUCGCUUUGUGCAUGGGGGCAUUGUCAUGUUGAAACAAGAAAAGGCUUCAUCCAAACUGUUGCCACAAAGUUGGAAGAACAGAAUUGUCUAGAAUGUCAUUAAAUGCUGUAGCGUUAAGAUUUCCCUUCACUGGAACUAAGCGACCUAGCCCGAGCCAUGAAAAACAGCCCCAGACCAUUAUUCCUCCUCCACCAAACUUUACAGUUGACAAUAUGCAUUGGGGCAGGUAGCGUUCUCCUGACAUCCGCCAAACGCAGAUUCGUCCGUCGGACUGCCAGAUGGUGAUGCGUGAUUCAUCAUUCCAAAGAACGCAUUUCCACUGAUCCAGAGUCCAAUGGUGGCGAGCUUUACACCACUCCAGCUGACUCUUGGCAUGGUGAUCUUAGGCUUGUGCGGCUGUUCGGCCACGGAAACCCGAUUUCAUGAAGCUCCCGACGAACAGUUAUUCUGCUGACGUUGCUUCCAGAGGCAGUUUGGAACUCGGUAUUGAGUGUUGCAACCGAGGACAGAUGAUUUUUACGUGCUACGCGCUUUAGCACUCGGCGGCCCCGAUCUUUGAGCUUGUGUGGCCUAACACUUCGCGGCUGAACCGUUGUUGCUCCUAGACGUUUCCACUUCACAAUAACAGCAUUUACAGUUGACCGGGGCAGCUCUAGCAGGGCAGAAAUUUGACGAACUGACUUGUUGGAAAGGUGGCAUCCUAUGACGGUUCCACGUUGAAAGUCACUGAGCUCUUCAGUAAGGCCAUUCCACUGCCAAUGUUUGUCUAUGGAGAUUGCAUGGCUGUGUGCUCGAUUUUAUACACCUCUCAGCAGCGGGUGUGGCUUAAAUAGCCAAAUCCACUCAUUUGAAGGGGUGUCCACAUAAUUCUAUAUAUUUACAGUGGCUUGCGAAAGUAUUCACCCCCCUUGGCAUUCUUCCUAUUUUGUUGCCUUACAACCUGGAAUUAAAAUAGAUUUUUUGGGGGUUUGUAUCAUUUGAUUUACACAACAUGCCUACCAUUUUGAAGAUGCAAAAUAUUUAUUGUGAAACAAACAAGAAAUAAGACACAAAAAAAACGAUUCACCCCCCCCCCCCCCCCCGAUUGCCACCUUUUGCAGCAAUUACAGCUGGAAGUCUCUUGGGGUAUGUCUCUAUAAGCUUGGGAGAUCUAGCCACUGGGAUAUUUGCCCAUUCUUCAAGGCAAAACUGCUCCUUCAAGUUGGAUUGGUUCCGCUGGUGUACAGUAUCUUUAAGUCAUACCACAGAUUCUCAAUUGGAUUGAGGUCUGGGCUUUGACUAGGCCAUUCCAACACAUUUAAAUGUUUCCCCUUAAACCACUCAAGUGUUGCUUUAGCAGUAUGCUUAGGGUCAUUGUCCUGCUGGAAGGUGAACCUCCUUCCCAGUCUCAAAUCUCUGGAAGACUGAAACAGGUUUCCCUCAAGAAUUUCUCUGUAUUUAGCGCCAUCCAUCAUUUCUUCAAUUCUGACCAGUUUCCCAGUCCCUGCCGAUGAAAAACAUCCCCACAGCAUGAUGCUGCCACCACCAUGCUUCACUGUGGGGAUGGUGUUCUCGGGGUGACGAGAGGUGUUGGGUUUGCGCCAAACAUAGCGUUUUCCUUGAUGGCCAAAAAGCUCAAUUUUAGUCUAAUCUGACCAGAGUACCUUCUUCCAUAUGUUUGGGGAGUCUCCCACAUGCCUGUUGGUGAACACCCUCUUCCGUAAAGCCCAGCUCUGUGGAGUGUAUGGCUUAAAAUGGUCCUAUGGACAGAUAUUCCAAUCUCCUCUGUGGAGCUUUGCAGCUCCUUCAGGGUUAUCUUUGGUCUCUUUGUUGCCUCUGAUUAAUGCCCUCCUUGCCUGGUCCGUAAGUUUUGGUGGGUGGCCCUCUCUUGGCAGGUUUGUUGUGGUGCAAUAUUCUUUCCAUUUUUUAAUAAUGGAUUUAAUGGUGCUCCGUGGGAUGUUCAAAGUUUCGGAUAUUUUUUUAUAACCCAACCCUGAUCUGUACUUCUCCACAACUUUGUCCCUGACCUGUUUGGAGAGCUCCUUGGUCUUCAUGGUGCCACUUGCUUGGUGGUGCCCCUUGCUUAGUGUUUUUGCAGACUCUGGGGCCUUUCAGAACAGGUGUGUAUAUAUACAGAGAUCAUGUGACAGAUCAUGUGACACUUAGAUUGCACACAGGUGGACUGCAUUUAACUAAUUAUGUGACUUCUGAAGGUAAUUGGUUGCACCAGAUCUUAUUUAGGGGCUUCAUAGCAAAGGGAGUGAAUACAUUUGCACGCGCCACAUUUCAAUUAUUUAUUUUUUUGAAACAAGUUAUUUUUUUCAUUUCACUAUUUUGUGUAUGUCCAUUACAUGAAAUCCAAAUGAAAAUCAAUUUAAAUUACAGGUUGUAAUGCAACAAAAUAGGAAACAUGCCAAGGGGGAUGAAUGCUUUUGAAAGGCACUGUAGUAUAGAUCAAUGGCAAAUACUGGUAUAGAGAUAACUUACAAUUCAGUUAUUUUGCAGCUUUAAAAAAGUAUGGAGGGAGCAAGACAAUCAUGCAGCACAUUAAUUACAAGAGCACAUGCAUUAACAACAUCCCAGUCCAUUACUACAACAGAGUACAGUUCCUCAAUAUUCUAGUUCAGUAAAUAUUCAGUGUCUUCAUUGUUACAAAAAGUUCACACCCUAUCACAAAGGAAAGAGUAACCAGAUAGUAAAAAAUAAAAGUCAAACAAGACAUCUGAAACUAGUGACAAUUCUGUUUGGUUUCACAUUCAUUGUUAUUUAUAGUCUUCCUGGUAUACGUUUCUGUCCAUUUGUUAAGUCCCAGAAACACAUUACAGCUUUGAAACUAGAGCACCGAGUCUGUCAGAUAAAAUCCCAGAAACAGUUGCAGACAAUGUCUAAUGAAAUCUAUGCCAAUUGUGAGUUUGAUAAUGACAAUGUUCGGACAACAGACAGGGUUGAGGAUCUUUAUACAAAUAAAGAGACUAUCAAUUCUCAUGUCUCCAGCAGCAAGACAAAGGAUGUCUCUCCAAAGAGCAGACCACUGGCUACAAACCCAGGUACCGAGAGCUCAGAGAGGAGAUCAACCAGAGCUGCUGCAGUGUGUCUGGGGCUGCUGUGUGUUCUCCUACUGGUUGGGAUCGUAGGCCUGUUUGUCUACUAUAAUGGAGUGAUGGGCAGUUUUGAAGAAAACAUCUUAGUUUAUAAAACCAACUCCUCAGCUGAAAAAGACCAGUUGGAAACCAAGUACAAUGCCAUGACUAAAGAGAGGGACCAACUCCAGGUUGAGAGAGACAAUCUUCAAGCAAAGCUCUCGAUGGUAGAACAACAUUUACAACAGGGAUGGAAAUAUUACAAGUCCAGUUUGUACUUCAUCUCUACUGAGAUGAAAACCUGGGAGGGGAGCAGAGAGGACUGUCUGAGGAGAGGAGCAAAUCUGGUGAUCAUAAACAGCAGAGAGGAACAGGUCUUUAUCCAUGGAUUGAAAAAGGAGACGUUCUGGAUUGGUCUGACUGACAGUGUUGAAGAGGGGAUCUGGAAGUGGGUGGAUGGCACAGCACUGACCACAGGGUACUGGUGGAGUGGGCAGCCUGAUAAUAAAAACGGCAUUGACGAGGAUUGUGCUGCGCGAUGGUCCGAUCAUUCUACCCCAGAAAAGGGCUGGCAUGAUGCACCGUGCAUCGAACUGCACUUUUCGGUAUGUGAGAAAAUUGCCCUCCUGUAACUGAACUGUAACCAAAAUAAGCCAAUACAGAACAUUAUGGCUCUGUCACAUUGAUUUCCAUUACAAAAUACCAGUGAUUAUGUUUUCCUAUUAAUCAAGAAUGAUUUUUUAAAAGUUUUAUGCAUUUGGUUUUACUGUAUUCGAUUUCAUGGAGAGACAUCUUAAUAAUAUUACUCUUGCAAUAAAAAAAUAGACACAAAUUGAGUCUGGACAUUUUUCUUAUCUAAACAAAUACGUCUGAUUUCAACUUCCGUUGAGAGAAUGCCAAGAGUGUGCAAUGCUGUCAUCAAGGCAAAGGGUGGCUAUUUAGAGAAUCUCAAAUAUAAAAUAUAUUUUGAUUUGUUUAACACUUCUUUGGUUACUACAUGAUUCCAAAUGUGUUAUUUCAUAGUUUUGAUGUCUUCACUAUUAUUUUACAAUGUAAAAACAUUUAAAAAUAAAGAAAAACCCUUGAAUAUGUAGGUGUGUCCAAACUUUUGAUUGAUAGCGUAUGUAAAUGUGGUAUUUCAGUUUUUUUAUUUGUAAUACAUUUGCCUAAAUUUCUAAAAAACAGAUUUUGCUUUGUCAUUAUGGGGUAUUGUGUGUAGAUUGAUGAGGGGAAAAAUACAUUUUAGUCAAUUUUAGAAUAUGGCUGUAACGUAACAAAAUGUGGAAAAAGUCAUGGGGUCUGAAUACUUUCCUAUUGCACUGUAUCUAUUAAAACAUGCAAUAUUAAUCUCUAUGCAGAUGAUACUGUUAUGUAAGCCAUUGCCCCAACUGUCGACCAGGCAUUGUUAGAGCUGCAAUCUGACUUUGUUGCCUUACAAAAUGUCCUGUUUGUUUUAAACUUGUACUUAAUGUUGGCAAGACUAAAUAUUUGUUUUUUUCUAAUUCUCACAAAAAUAUUUUAGAUGGACUAAAUAUUUAUUCAUUGAGUGGUUCUCCCAUCGAUCGGGUUCCUGCCUAUAAGUAUCUGGGCUUAUGGAUUGACAAAGAUGUUUAAUUGAAGGAACAUAAUGAUGAGCUAGUUAAAAACCUAAGAUUUAAAUUGGGCUUCUUUUUUAGAAAUGGAUCUUGCCUUUCCUUAAACAACAGGAAGCAGAUUGUACUGUCAACCUUCCUGCCAGUUCUUGACUAUGGGUGACACAAUUUACCAGAAUGCAGCAGCCACUACUAUUAAACUUUUGGAUGCCGUCUACAAUAGCACCCUUCGCUUUAUCACAGGUGACAGUUUUAAUACUCAUCACUGCAUCCUGUAUCAAAAGGUUGGCUGGUCCUCAUUAAAGUCCGUAGAUCACUUCACUAUUCCCUUUUUGUUUACAAAGCUCUACUACACAAGCUUCCGACUUACCUAACUUUGUUGUUGAAUUAUAAAAACAUGAGUUACCAAACCCCUUCACAGGGUUGGUUAACUCUUGUGGUUCCUUGGAUCUCCACCGAAUUAGGUAAAUCUGCUUUUAGUUUUAAUGUGGCUCACUGCUGGAACAAUUUGCAGAACUCAUUACAAUGAUAUGUUCUGGUGCCAUACGGGCAGUUUAGGGUGUUAAUUGAGGACAUAGUAGCUAAGGAAUGUAACUGAUUUUCAUAAAUGUUAUGUUUUCAAAUUCUCGCAAACAUAUUUUAGAUGGACUACAUACUUAUUCAUUGAAUGGUUCUCCCAUGUAUUGGGUUCCCAACCUAUAAAUAUCUGGGCUUUUGGAUUGACAAGGAUUUAACAUUUAAAAAACAUACUGAUGAGCUAGUUAAAAAGCUAAGAUUUAAAGUGGGCUUCUUUUUUAGAAAUGGAUCUUGCCUUUCCUUAAACAGCAGGAAGCAGAUUGUAAUUGAGGACCUAGUAGCUAAGGAAUGUAACUGAUUUUCAUAAAUGUUGUGUUUUGUAUUGAUUGCUGUUUUGUUUUACAUUGUAUUGGUUGUUGUAUUGUUGUGAUCAGGGCAUGAGACCAUGGUCUCAAUGGGUUUUCCAUGAAUAAAUAAAGUAUAAUACAAUUAGCAGAACACACAUAACUAAAGUUAUAUUUAGCCUACCGCAUAUUAUGUAGUCAAAAAACAUAAAAAUAAACAGAUUUAAGAUUUCUUUGGUACAUAAUUGGUCUAGCCUAUACUCCAAAAUUAAACAAAUUCAGAGUUAGCCUAUGAUUUGAGUGAAUUUAUAUGUUAUUCAGUCAGCAGGGGAUCAAAAGUAUUUGAUCCCCUGCUGAUUUUGUAUAGCUCAGAGCUAGCCUGCAGCGCUGACGAAGGAACCAGAGCCGUGAGGAGUUCCAAUAUCUUGUCAUUGGUGGCCAGCAUCAAUGUUGAACAGAGGUUCGCUAGGUGCCACCCAUGCUCAGCAUGCAGGUAGUGUAAGUUUUGCUCCAGCAGCAUACCACCCUGCAUCCCACUGCUGGCUUGCCUCUGAAGCUAAGCAGGGUUGGUCCCUGGUUGGGGGACCACAUGCUUCUGGAACUGGUGUUGGAUGGCCAGUAGGAGGCACUCUUUCCUCUGGUCUAAAGAAAUAUCUCAAUACCCAGGGCAGUGAUUGGGGACAUCCCAUGUAGGGAUGAUAACCUCAGUGUCCUGGCUAAAUUCCCAAUCUAGCCUCAUUCCAUCAUGGCCAACUAAUCAUCUGUCACGAAUUCAGCCGAGGCUGCCCCUCCUCCUUGCUCGGGCAGGCUUCGGCGUUUGUCGUCACGGGAGUACCAGCUGCCACCGAUCUAUGUUUCUGUGUUCUACUUGUUUUGUCUUUAUUGUACACACCUGGUUCCCAUUAUGUUCAUGAUUUGUUCCCUAUUUAACCCUCUGGCUCCCACUGUAUUGGGUGCUUGUUUCUGUCAGGCGUCAGUGUGUAGCGGUAGGACGGAGUCAGGCGCAGGACACAGAGCUAGUAGACAACGUACUUUAUUUGUGAAAAUAAAUGAACAUAAUCUCCACGCAGGGAGGACAAAUACCGCUCACCAGUCGAUGACACCAAACAUAGAACAAACAAGCACACAACACAGCGGGAGCCAGAGGGUUAAAUAGGGAACAAAUCAUGAACAUAAUGGGAACCAGGUGUGUACAAUAAAGAUAAAACAAGUAGAACACAGAAACAUAGAUCGGUGGCAGCUAGUACUCCGGUGAUGACCAACGCCGAAGCCUGCCCGAGCAAGGAGGAGGGGCAGCCUCGGCUGAAUUCGUGACAUCAUCACCAGCUUCCAUUUGGCUCAUUCAUCCCACCUCCUCUCCCCUGUAACUAUUCCCCAGGUCAUCGCUGUAAAUGAGAAUGUGUUCUCCGUCAAAAUACAUUUCAUUUAUUUUUACUAGGCAAGUCAGUUAAGAACAAAUUCUUACUUACAAUGACGGACUAAUUGUGCACCACCCUAUGGGACUCCCAAUCACAGCCGGAUUGUGAUACAGCCUGGAAUCGAACAAGGGUCUGUAGUGACACCUCCAGCACUGAGAUGCAGUGCCUUAGACCGCUGUGCCACUCCGGAGCAGCGAGUGAUAAAGGGAGAAAAAAACAAGGCAGUGUUAGUUCUAGUGAUGACAACUGAUGUUCCAUUGAUAAUUAUUUCAUCGCUGAGUGUAUAUGUACUGUUAACAAGUGUCCAUAAUGCAAUCAAAACAGAGAUAUCAUGCAAGAUUAAAGGGAUGGAAUAUUUAGUGCAUAGACUGAAGACCCCUUAAAAGCCAUCAUACACACCGCCUCUAGCAAGCGUAAACUCAACACUGUUCCGUUAAGUGAACUCAAACUUGUGGUACUGAGAGAGGAGAGAUACUCUUGAUAUGCACGUUGGUCGCUUCUCCAUAGCCUGUGAAGAGUAGGUGGACAAAUGGAUUCCUGAGCGGACUACACGCCGAAGUGUCCUGACAGCCGAGAUGAACUGAAUCCCUGUCAUCGGACCAUGAUAAAGAAAGGCUGCCUUUGCCUUACUGAAAUUUGAAAGAGAAAAUGCGUACAUUGUUAUACAACAGAAGACAUCGUACAGGAAGCAGACAAUAGCCUGCUGCAGAGCAGACAAUAACCUGCUGCAGAGUGCAUACAGUGAGGGAAAAAAGUAUUUGAUCACCUGCUGAUUUUGUACGUUUGCCCACUGACAAAGAAAUGAUCAGUCUAUAAUUUUAAUGGUAGGUAUAUUUGAACAGUGAGAGACAGAAUAACAACAAAAAAAUCCAUAAAAACACAUGUCAAAAAAUGUUAUAAAUUAAUCUGCAUUUUAAUGAGGGAAAUAAGUAUUUGACCCCCUCUCAAUCAGAAAGAUUUCUGGCUCCCAGGUGUCUUUUAUACAGGUAACGAGCUGAGAUUAGGAGCACACUCUUAAAGGGAGUGCUCCUAAUCAAGUUUGUUACCUGUAUAAAAGACACCUGUCCACAGAAGCAAUCAAUCAAUCAGAUUCCAAACUCUCCACCAUGGCCAAGACCAAAGAGCUCUCCAAGGAUGUCAGGGACAAGAUUGUAGACCUACGCAAGGCUGGAAUGGGCUACAAGACCAUCGCCAAGCAGCUUGGUGAGAAGGUGAUAACAGUUGGUGCGAUUAUUCGCAAAUGGAAGAAACACAAAAGAACUGUCAAUCUCCCUCGACCUGGGGCUCCAUGCAAGAUCUCACCUCGUGGAGUUGCAAUGAUCAUGAGAACGGUGAGGAAUCAGCCCAGAACUACACGGGAGGAUCUUGUCAAUGAACUCAAGGCAGCUGGGACCAUAGUCACCAAGAAAACAAUUGGUAACACACUACGCCGUGAAGGACUGAAAUCCUGCAGCGCCCGCAAGGUCCCACUGCUCAAGAAAGCACAUAUACAGGCCCAUCUGAAGUUUGCCAAUGAACAUCUGAAUGAUUCAGAGGAGAACUGGGUGAAAGUGUUGUGGUCAGAUGAGACCAAAAUCGAGCUCUUUGGCAUCAACUCAACUCGCCGUGUUUGGAAGAGGAGGAAUGCUGCCUAUGACCCCAAGAACACCAUCCCCACCGUCAAACAUGGAGGUGGAAACAUUAUGCUUUGGGGGUGUUUUUCUGCUAAGGGGACAGGACAACUUCACAGCAUCAAAGGGACGAUGGACGGGGCCAUGUACCGUCAAAUCUUGGGUGAGAACCUCCUUCGUCGUGGAUGGGUAUUCCAGCAUGACAAUGACCCAAACACACGGCCAAGGCAACAAUGGAGUGGCUCAAGAAGAAGCACAUUAAGGUCCUGGAGUGGCCUAGCCAGUCUCCAGACCUUAAUCCCAUAGAACAUCUGUGGAGGGAGCUGAAGGUUUGAGUUGCCAAACGUCAGGCUCGAAACCUUAAUGACUUGGAGAAGAUCUGCAAAGAGGAGUGGGACAAAAUCCCUCCUGAGAUGUGUACAAACCUGGUGGCCAACUACAAGAAACGUCUGACCUCUGUGAUUGCCAACAAGGGUUUUGCCACCAAGUACUAAGUCAUGAUUUGCAGAGGGGUCAAAUACUUAUUUCCCUCAUUAAAAUGCAAAUCAAUUUAUAAUUUUUUUUACAUGCGUUUUUCUGGAUUUUUUUGUUGUUAUUCUGUCUCUCACUGUUGAAAUAAACCUACCAUUAAAAUUAUAGACUGAUCAUGUCUUUGUCAGUGGGCAAACGUACAAAAUCAGCAGGGGAUCAAAUACUUUUUUCCCUCACUGUAGCUCAACCAUCACAUAGCAUAAACAUUGAGUAUACUAACAAAACCCCCCAAAACCGCACAUAAAACGCUGACUACGUAUAACCACCUGUGCUAUCAAAAUGACCUAAUGUCACUACUGAUACUGCUCAGCAGUAAAUUAGCAUCUGCAGCGUGCACAAGCGUGCACAAUGAGAGUGACAUGAUCAUCUAAAACCUAAAAGCUUCCAAUACAGCACAUUCAGAAAGUACUCAGACCCCUUCACUUUUUCCACAUGUUACGUUACAGCCUUAUUCUAAAAUAGAUUAAAUAGUUUUAAAAAACGGAAAUAUCACAUUUACAUAAGUAUUCAGACCCUAUAUUCAGUACCUUGUUGAAGCACCUUUGGUAGCGAUUACAGCCUCAAGUCAUCUUGCGUAUGAAACUACAAGCUUGGCACAGCUGUAUUUGGGGAGUUUCUCCCAUUCUUCUCUGCAGAUCCUCUCAAGCUCUGUCAGGUUGGAUGGGAAGCUUCGCUGCACAGCUAUUUUUAGGUCUCUCCAGACAUGUUCGAUCGGGAUCAAGUCUGGACUCUGGCUGGGCCACUCAAGGACAUUCAGAGACAUGUCCUAAGCCACUUCUGCGUUGUCUUGGCAGUGUGCUUAGGCUCAUUUUCCUGUUGGAAGGUGAACCUUUGCCCCAGUCUGAGGUCCUGAGGGCUCUUGAGCAGGUGUUCAUCAAGGAUCUCUCUGCACUUUGCUCCAUUCAUCUUUCCCUCGAUCCUGAAAAUACUCUCCCAGUCCCUGUCGCUCAAAAACAUCCCCACAGCAUGAUGCUGCCACCACCAUGCUUCACCAUAGGGAUGAUGCCAGGUUUCCUCCAGACGUGAUGCUUGCAUCAUAAGCUUUGAUUAUUUGAAUCAGCUGUGAAGCGCUAGAGCAAAAACCAAAAUGUGCACCCAUUGGUGUCCUCAGGACCGAGUUUUUGAAACACUGCAUACUGAAAAAAUGGGAAACCAAUAUAAAGUAAGAAAUUGAGUAGAACCAUGGUCACAGAUAUAUGAAAAUGCUCAUACCUGCUCCUACAACCUAAAACAUAAGCUACUGUAAUUUAAGAUAAUUCAUAGGAGUUACUACACUCCUGCCUGAAUGCAUGUAAUGCACCCCAAAAUGUCACAUCUCUGAUGGAGAUGUAAAAAGCACAAAGGAUCCCUAUUACAUAUGCUUUGGUCCUGUGACAAACUGACACCAUCUUGGGAUAAUGUAUGUGCUAUCAUUUCAUUGUAUCUAGGAAUUUCUAUUCAUUCAUCUCCAAGAUUACGUCUGUCGGAAAAUGUAAAUAUUGGUGAUCAAAAUCAGAGUAAGUUUUGUAAUCUAGGUUUAAUUGCUGCAAGAAAAUGCAUGGUCAUGUUUGGAAAGCCUUGUAUUCACUGUCCACAACAAAUUGGAGGACAGAACAAUCUAGUUACAUCCCUUUAGAUGUGGUAUAUAGUAAAGUUAAACAAACAACUGAGAUAUUUGACAGAAUUUGGAGGACAUACUGUAUGUUGAUCACCUUGGUGUAUGUUUUGUAUAGUGGCUGUUUUGUUUUUGUGUUCUGUUGUUUGUGAAGUAGAAAAACAAUGGGAAAAAAAAAGAUGAAAGAAAAAGAGAGGGGCCAGCUCCGGGUUGAGAGGGGCCAGCUCCGGGUUGAGAGGGACCAGCUCCGGGUUGAGAGGGCCCAGCUCUGGUUGAGAGGGCCCAGCUCUGGUUGAGAGGGACCAGCUCCGGGUUGAGAGGGACCAGCUCUGGGUUCAGAGAGACCAGCUCUGGUUGAGAGGGCCCAGCUCGGGUUGAGAGGGACCAGCUCCGGGUUGAGAGGGACCAGCUCCGGGUUGAGAGGGACCAGCUCCGGGUUGAGAGGGACCAGCUCCGGGUUGAGAGGGACCGGCUCCGGGUUGAGAGGGACCAGCUCCGGGUUGAGAGGGACCAGCUCCGGGUUGAGAAGGACCAGCUCCGGGUUGAGAGGGGCCAGCUCCGGAUUGAGAUGGGCCAGCUCCGGGUUGAGAGGGACCAGCUCCGGGUUGAGAGGGACCACCCGGCUGAACAAGACAAAUUCCAAACCAGGUACAACGCCGUGACUAAAGAGAGGGACCAACUCCAGGUUGAAAGAGACAAUUUCCAAGCAACGGUCUCUGUGGUAGAACAACAUGCACAACAGGGAUGGAUGUAUUACAAGUCCAGUUUGUACUUCAUCUCUACUGAGAUGAAAACCUGGGAGGGGAGCAGAGAGGACUGUCUGAGGAGAGGAUCAAAUCUGGUGAUCAUAAACAGCAAACACGAACAUGUACAGUGAGGGGAAAAAAGUAUUUGAUCCCCUGCUGAUUUUGUAUGUUUGCCCACUGACAAAGAAAUGAUCAGUCUAUAAUUUUAAUAAUAGGUUUAUUUGAACAGUGAGAGACAGAAUAACAACAAAAGAAUCCAGAAAAAUGUUAUAAAUUGAUUUGCAUUUUAAUGAGGGAAAUAAGUAUUUGACCCCCUCUCAAUCAGAAAGAUUUCUGGCUCCCAGGUGUCUUUUAUACAGGUAACGAGCUGAGAUUAGGAGCACACUCUUAAAGGGAGUGCUCCUAAUCUCAGCUUGCUACCUGUAUAAAAGACACCUGUCCACAGAAGCAAUCAAUCAAUCAGAUUCCAAACUCUCCACCAUGGCCGAGACCAAAGAGCUCUCCAAGGAUGUCAGGGACAAGAUUGUAGACCUACACAAGGCUGGAAUGGGCUACAAGACCAUCGCCAAGCAGCUUGGUGAAAAGGUGACAACAGUUGGUGCGAUUAUUCGCAAAUGGAAGAAACACAAAAGAACAGUCAAUCUCCCUCGGCCUGGGGCUCCAUGCAAGAUCUCACCUCGUGGAGUUGCAAUGAUCAUGAGAACAGUGAGGAAUCAGCCCAGAACUACACGGGAGGAUAUUGUCAAUGAUCUCAAGGCAGCUGGGACCAUAGUCACCAAGAAAACAAUUGGUAACACACUAUGCCGUGAAGAACUGAAAUCCUGCAGCGCCCGCAAGGUCCCCCUGCUCAAGAAAGCACAUAUACAGGCCCGUCUGAAGUUUGCCAAUGAACAUCUGAAUGAUUCAGAGGAGAACUGGGUGAAAGUGUUGUGGUCAGAUGAGACCAAAAUCGAGCUCUUUGGCAUCAACUCAACUUGCCGUGCUCGGAGGAGGAGGAAUGCUGCCUAUGACCCCAAGAACACCAUCCCCACCGUCAAACAUGGAGGUGGAAACAUUAUGCUUUGGGGGUGUUUUUCUGCUAAGGGGACAGGACAACUUCACAGCAUCAAAGGGACGAUGGACGGGGCCAUGUACCGUCAAAUCUUGGGUGAGAACCUCCUUCCCUCAGCCAGGGCAUUGAAAAUGGGUCGUGGAUGGGUAUUCCAGCAUGACAAUGACCCAAAACAUACGGCCAAGGCAACAAAGGAGUGGCUCAAGAAGAAGCACAUUAAGGUCCUGGAGUGGCCUAGCCAGUCUCCAGACCUUAAUCCCAUAGAACAUCUGUGGAGGGAGCUGAAGGUUCGAGUUGCCAAACAUCAGCCUCAAAACUUUAAUGACUUGGAGAAGAUCUGCAAAGAGGAGUGGGACAAAAUCCCUCCUGAGAUGUGUGCAAACCUGGUGGCCAACUACAAGAAACAUCUGACCUCUGUGAUUGCCAACAAGGGUUUUGCCACCAAGUACUAAGUCAUGUUUUGCAGAGGGGUCAAAUACUUAUUUCCCUCAUUAAAAUGCAAAUCAAUUCAUAACAUUUUUGUAAUGAGUUUUUCUGGAUUUUUUUGUUGUUAUUCUGUCUCUCACUGUUCAAAUAACCCUACCAUUAAAAUUAUAGACUGAUCAUGUCUUUGUCAGUGGGCAAACGUACAAAAUCAGCAGGAGGUCAAAUACUUUUUUCCCUCACUGUAUUUAUCCAUGGAUUGAACAAGGAGACGUUCUGGUCUGACUGACAGAGAUGAGGAGGGGAUCUGGAAGUGGGUGGACGGCACAGCACUGACCACAGGGUACUGGUGGAGGGGACAGCCUGAUAGUUAUAAUGACAUAGAGGAGGAUUGUUCUGCACGAUUCUGUUCGAGGAUUCUACCCCCCAGACAAGACUUUGCAUGAUGCACAGUGCAACAAAUGUACAUUUUGGAUAUGUGAGAAAAUUGGCUACCUGUAACAGAACUGAAACCAAAAUAAGCCAAUACAUUAAAGUAUGGCUCUGUCACAUUUAAUUACAGUACAAUAUUACAGUACCAAUGUUUAUGUUUUACUAUACAAUUAGUAUUAAUUUAUUCAGUUUCAUGUAUUUGGUUUCACUGUAUUCGAUCUCUUAGAUCUUAAUCUUUCAAUAAAAAUAAUAACAUUCUACACAAAUUGAGUCUGGACACUUUCCUUCUCUAAAGGACGUCUGAUUUCAAUUUGUUUUGACUGUACCAUUCCGUAGCCCAUGAUCCCUCCCUGGUACUUACUCAACAUUCACCAUGCGACACUGUGAUUGUUACGGCUGAUGGAGGAUUCUUCUCCUAACCCUUAUUAAUAGGGGCAACAGCGAACACCUAAAGCAUACCAUCACCAUCAGAUGAAUGGAUUUUAAUUGAUAAGAGCAAUGUUUUAAUUACAACCGGCUGGUUGAGUAGAUGAUGUCCUCACAGCUUUGGUCAUUUUUGGAGUUAACUUUGAAAAUUUUAGGGUGGGACACAGCUUGGUUUGGUUUGGUUUGGAGGGCCUUUCAAUUUUCCCAAUUCACAGAAUUUGCCAGCUCUAAAAACGCAAGCGUCAUACAGAUCCUUGGUUUUCAUGUAAUAACAAUAAUUUCAGGGGUGCUUAUUUUUUUUCAGUUACACACUUGUCCAAUGGAAAUGUAUUUCUUGCAUAUCCCAACUCCCCCUGAGACACCCGCAGGGAAUGGGUUAAGUGCUUUGCUCAAGGGCACAGCAACAGAUUUUUCACCUUGUCGGUUAUGGGAUUCAAACCGUCAACCUUUCGGUUACUGACCGAAUGCUCUAACUUUGAGUUUACCUGCCACCCCCACUGAAGCCAAAGUUGUGUAAGUCAAACUUAAGGAUAUGCUGAUGAUAGUUAAAAUUGAUAAAGUGAUAUCAACAACAGAAAUAUAAACUAGAUCAAUGGAAAAUACUGGUAUAGAGAGAACUUACUUGGCCUACAAUUCAGUUAUUUUGCAGCUUUAAAAAAGUAUGGAGGGAGCAAGACCAUUAUACAGCACAUUAAUUACAAGAGCACAUGUAUUAACAACAUCUCAGUCCAUUACUACAACAGAAUACCAUUUCUAAAUAUUUUAGCUCAAUAAAUGUUCAGUUUCUUUAUUUCAAUUGAAGUGUUACAAAAAGUACAACAUUAUCAGAAAGCAAAGAGGAACCAAAUAUUAAAAGAGAACAGAGAAGAAAACACAAGACAUCGGAAAAAAGUCCCUCUUCUGUGUCUAGACUAUUUAUCAUCACAGCCAACCACACACAUUGUUAUUUAUAGUCUUCUUGGUAUAACAGUUUCCUGUCCAUUGGUGGUUAGUAUGUUAAGUCCAAUAAAUACUGUACCGCUCUGAAAUUAAAGCAACGAGUCUAUCAGAUAAAAUCACAGACAGUGAUAGAAAUGGCGAUGUCUAAUGAAAUCUAUGCCACUGCUACGUUUAAUCAUGCGAAUGAUCUGGCAGCAGACGGGGUUGAGGAUCUUGAUACCAAUGAAGACACUAUCAAUUUUCAUUACUUCAGAAGCAAGAUACAGUGGGGAAAAAAAGAAUUUAGUCAGCCACCAAUUGUGCAAGUUAUCCCACUUAAAAAGAUGAGAGAGGCCUGUAAUUUUCAUCAUAGGUACACGUCAACUAUGACAGACAAAUUGAGAAAAAAAAAUCCAGAAAAUCACAUUGUAGGAUUUUUAAUGAAUUGAUUUGCAAAUUAUGGUGGAAAAUAAGUAUAUGGUCAAUAACAAAAGUUUCUCAAUACUUUGUUAUAUACCCUUUGUUGGCAAUGACACAGGUCAAACGUUUUCUGUAAGUCUUCACAAGGUUUUCACACACUGUUGCUGGUAUUUUGGCCCAUUCCUCCAUGCAGAUCUCCUCUAGAGCAGUGAUGUUUUGGGGCUGUCGCUGGGCAACACGGACUUUCAACUCCCUCCAAAGAUUUUCUAUGGGGUUGAGAUCUGGAGACUGGCUAGGCCACUCCAGGACCUUGAAAUGCUUCUUACGAAGCCACUCCUUCGUUGCCCGGGCGGUGUGUUUGGGAUCAUUGUCAUGCUGAAAGACCCAGCCACGUUUCAUCUUCAAUGCCCUUGCUGAUGGAAGGAGGUUUUCACUCAAAAUCUCACGAUACAUGGCCCCAUUCAUUCUUUCCUUUACACGGAUCAGUUGUCCUGGUCCCUUUGCAGAAAAACAGCCCCAAAGCAUGAUGUUUCCACCCCCAUGCUUCACAGUAGGUAUGGUGUUCUUUGGAUGCAACUCAGCAUUCUUUGUCCUCCAUACACGACGAGUUGAGUUUUUACCAAAAAGUUCUAUUUUGGUUUCAUCUGACCAUAUGACAUUCUCCCAAUCCUCUUCUGGAUCAUCCAAAUGCACUCUAGCAAACUUCAGACGGGCCUGGACAUGUACUGGCUAUAGCAGGGGGACACGUCUGGCACUGCAGGAUUUGAGUCCCUGGCGGCGUAGUGUGUUACUGAUGGUAGGCUUUGUUACUUUGGUCCCAGCUCUCUGCAGGUCAUUCACUAGGUCCCCCCGUGUGGUCCUGGGAUUUUUGCUCACCGUUCUUGUGAUCAUUUUUAACCCCACGGGGUGAGAUCUUGCGUGGAGCCCCAGAUCGAGGGAGAUUAUCAGUGGUCUUGUAUGUCUUCCAUUUCCUAAUAAUUGCUCUCACAGUUGAUUUCUUCAAACCAAGCUGCUUACCUAUUGCAGAUUCAGUCUUCCCAGCCUGGUGCAGGUCUAUAAUUUUGUUUCUGGUGUCCUUUGACAGCUCUUUGGUCUUGGCCAUAGUGGAGUUUUGAGUGUGACUGUUUGAGGUUGUGGACAGGUGUCUUUUAUACUGAUAACAAGUUCAAACAGGUGCCAUUAAUACAGGUAACGAGUGGAGGACAGAGGAGCCUCUUAAAGAAGAAGUUACAGGUCUGUGAGAGCCAGAAAUCUUGCUUGUUUGUAGGUGACCAAAUACUUAUUUUCCACCAUAAUUUGCAAAUAAAUUCAUAAAAAAUCCUACAAUGUGAUUUUCUGGAAUUUUUUUCCCUCAAUUUGUCUGUCAUAUACAGGCCUCUCUCAUCUUUUUAAGUGGGAGAACUUGCACAAUUGGUGGCUGACUAAAUACUUUUUUUCCCCACUGUAAAGGAUGUCACCCCUAAGAGUAGACCACUGGCUACAAACCCAGGUACCGAGAGCUCAGAGAGGAGAUCCACCAGGGAUGCUGCAGUGUGUCUGGGGCUGCUGUGUGUUCUCCUACUGGCUGGGAUCGUAGGCCUGUUUGUCUACUAUAAUGGAGUGAUGGGCAGUUUUGAGGAGAACAUCUUAGUUAAUAAAACCAACUCCUCGGCUGAUCAAGACCAAUUCCAGACCAAGUACAAUGCCAUGACUAAAGAGAGGGACCAACUCCGGGUUGAGAGAGAUCAUCUCCAAGCAAAGUUCUCUGUGGUAGAACAACAUGCACAACAGGGAUGGAGGUAUUACAAGUCCAGUUUGUACUUCAUCUCUACUGAGAUGAAAACCUGGGAGGGGAGCAGAGAGGACUGUCUGAGGAGAGGAGCAGAUCUGGUGAUCAAUAACAGCAGAGAGGAACAUGUAUUUAUCCAUGGAUUGAACAAGGAGACGUUCUGGAUUGGUCUGACUGACAGAGUUGAAGAGGGGAUCUGGAAGUGGGUGGAUGGCACAGCAAUGACCACAGGGUACUGGGGCAGGGGACAGCCGAAUAGUCAUAAGGGAAUGGAGGAGGAUUGUGCUGGGCGAUGGUCCGAUCUUUCUACCCCAAACACUGGUUGGCAUGAUGCACCAUGCAACGAAUUGCACUUUUGGAUAUGUGAGAAAAUGGCCUACCUGUAA